AAACGAAAAAAUAUAAACGAAGUGAGACGUCGCCGAAGUGAAACGCUGCGCUAAUUUUCUUUCCAAAAAGAGGAAAAUAACACUUUCAAACGUUUUCAAUUUGCUAUUAAUAAUCUAAUUGAUGUUUAGUGAUAAGUGUAGCAAAGUAGCAAUGUUGUGCUUUAAGUUUGAAUAGCGGAAAUAGUGAAAUUCUAUGCUUGGAGCUUAGAGACUCAAUGUUUGAUAAUAGUUACCCCGCAGUCGGAGGAUAGAUUCUAACCUAGAAAAAAAAAGAUGUCCUAUCUGUCGCGCCGAGAGCUGGAGGACAUCCGCCCAGCUCUGGACAAACUGGUGUACAAGGUGCUGGGGAGUUCGGAUUCCUCAGUACUGUCCACUAUAGAGAGUAAUCUGCACAGUGGCUUCGAUCGGCGGAAGUUGAUCGAUAAGUUGUCGUCAUUCGUUGAAAGCAAAAGAGCCAGCCGGUUGUCGGAUAAGGUUGAGGAUUUACUGGACGGAUUGAAGUCCUCCCAUCGGUCCAAGAAGAGAUCUCACGAAGAGGACGGUCGGGAACGGGACACGAAGAAGGUAAAGACCAAAUAUGAAGACGAGACGAGGAAAGCUCCGGUGGAGGAGAAAGGAAAAAAGGAGGGAAAUGGAAGUUCGAAGGCGGAACCGGAAGAUAAGGGCUCCAAGGACGAUAAGAUGUCCAAGAACUUCUCUUCCAAUCAGAUCAAAAUGAUGAUGGAAAAUGCUCAGCGGGAAAUUGAGGAGCGCAAGAAGAAGCUGGAAUCGAUAAAAGCGGCCAAAGCUCCUCCGGCUUCUGCUCUGGCGGCUGCUGCGGCCGUUUCCGCGAAGAUUACCGCUUCCCAGGACACGGUCGUUCCUCCGCCUGUCGAUUUAGAACGGUCCAGAAAGAUUGCACAGCUGCAGGAACAGAUUCGUGCGAAAUUGUCCGGUACACUGGCGGCUGUUUUGCCACCGGUUGUUCAAGACAAGCCAAAACCGCUGAUCCUGGAUGCUGAGGGACGAACCGUGGACGGAAGUGGCCAAGCCGUGGAAGUGCCGAAGCUUACCCCCACUCUGAAAGCGAACAUCCGUGCCAAGAAGAGGGAAAUCACCAAAAUCCAUCAAGCGGAGAAACACCACCAACAGGAAGAAUCCGCCGAGGCCCACUUUUUCGAUGACCGGAUCACUGUUAAACCGGCCGUACGAAACAAGCGAGCGCUCCGGUUCCACGAACCGGGCAAGUUCCAACAGAUGGCCGAACGGCUCCGGAUGAAAUCCCAGUUGGAAAAGCUGCAGAACGAGAUUUCUCAAAUCGCUCGUAAAACAGGCAUCAGCUCCGCAACCAAACUGGCGCUGAUUGCGCCCAAGGCGGACACCCACUCAAACGAGGUGCCACAGAUGGAAUGGUGGGAUUCGGUUAUCCUCACGGACGAUCUAAACACCCGGGACAAAAGUGGGCGCAUCUCAAUCCGUGAGUCGGCCAUCACCAAUCUGAUCGAACAUCCGACGCAGAUGCGGCCUCCAAACGAAUCAUCCCGCCCCGUCUAUCUGCCAGUGUUUCUCACCAAAAAGGAACGCAAAAAGCUACGCCGCCAGAAUCGUCGCGAAGCGUGGAAGGAAGAGCAGGAGAAGAUUCGCCUCGGGCUGGAACCCCCGCCGGAACCGAAGUUACGCAUUUCGAAUCUGAUGCGUGUCCUUGGGACCGAAGCGGUACAGGAUCCCACCAAAAUCGAGGCUCACGUCCGCGAACAGAUGGCCAAACGCCAGAAGGCACACGAGGAGGCCAAUGCCGCCCGGAAGCUCACGGAUGACCAGCGGCGGGACAAGAAGGUGCGCAAGAUGAAGGAGGACACCUCGCUGGGGGUCCACGUUUCCGUGUACCGGAUCAAAGACCUACACGACCAGCAGGCCAAAAAGUUCAAGGUCGAAACCAAUGCCAAACAGCUGUUCAUGACCGGUGUGUGCAUUCUGUUCCGGGAUUGCUGCGUGGUGGUGGCCGAAGGUGGCCCUAAGCAGCAGAAGAAGUACAAGAGGUUGAUGCUGCAUCGUAUCAAGUGGGAGGAGGAUUUGGUGAAGAACGCUGACGGCAACGAGGUGCCCAAUUCGUGCGUUUUGGUUUGGGAAGGAACCGCCCAGAGGCGCCACUUUGGCGAGUUCAAAUACAAAUCUUUUCCGAUGGAGAAGAGCGCCCGGGAGUUCUUCCAGAAGCACCACGUCGAACACUACUGGGAUCUUGCCUACUCGGGGGCGGUUCUGGAGGCGUCCGAGGAUACGUAAGCUGAGGGUUCCUCCUGAUAGGGGUAAGUUCUGUUGAUGAUGAUUGUUUCGUUUUCUGAUUGCGUUCUUCGAAAUUCAAAAUCGAUUCGACGGUUUUUGUUGAUGCGAAGAAGAAAAUAUAGGGUAUGAUUGACGAGGUGCGCGAGAAUACUAAACCUAGGUUUAAUAAAUUUGGAUAAUUCUAGGCAA